UUUGAUUCGCGGGUUUCACAGAUGCAGCAAUUGCAUUCUCUAUAUCAGGUGAUCCAACCCUUUCUGCUCUUAUAAUAUCGAUAACUAUUAGAUUUUUAUGAAAUAAAAAACGCAAGGCUCUUUUCCUCUCCAUUACCUCAUACUUCAAGUAUCAAUUUUGCGUUAGUUUGUUGUGAAGCACGAUGCUCCAGCGGAGUUUCAAGCCUGCCAAAUGCAAAACAGCUUUAAAGCUGGCGGCAGCACGUAUAAAGGUAUUGAGGAAUAAAAGGGGAGAGCAGGUGAAGCAGUUGAAGAGAGAACUGGCUAAAUUGCUGGAGUCUGGCCAGGAUCAGACCGCCAGAAUUCGGGUAGAACAUCUUGUCAGAGAAGAGAAAACAAUGGCAGCAUAUGAUCUCCUCGGGAUUUACUGUGAACUUAUUGUGGAACGCUUGCCGAUCAUUGAGUCACAGAAAAAUUGCCCCAUUGACUUGAAGGAAGCAAUUUCAAGUGUAAUAUUUGCAUCUCCAAGAUGUGCUGACAUACCUGAACUCAUGGAUGUACGUAAACAUUUUACUGCAAAAUAUGGCAAAGAGUUUGUCUCUACUGCUGUUGAACUGCGUCCAAAUUGUGGUGUAAGUCGCCUGUUGGUUGAGAAAUUGUCUACCAAAUCACCUGAUGGUCCAACAAAAAUAAAAAUUUUGAGAGCAAUUGCUGAGGAACAUAACAUCAAGUGGAAUCCUGAUUCAUUUGGAGAGAGAGAUUCAAAGCCUGCUGAAGACUUGUUGAGUGGGCCAGAUACUUUUGACAAGGUCAGUAAAAUUCCAACGGAUCCUUUUGUCCAAGCUCCACAUAGUAUUGAUGAAAAAAGACCCUCGAAUGUCCAUGUUCCACCUAGGAGCAAUGUUAAUCAUGAUGUGCCUGUAAACUUUCAAGAAUACAGAGCAAGAUCAUUUGGUCACCCCCAUACAGAUAGUGAUGCCACAGAGGCGAAGUGGUCUGGUGCUUCUCAUCCAGAACUGAGGCCUACAGGAUCUAGUAAUCAAGGGAUGGAAUUUAGGCAGUUGUAUUCUGGAAAUGAAAAUACUUUUUCCCGUGGUAGGCAAAAUUGGAGUAUGGAGUUCAAGGAUGCUACUGCUGCUGCAUUUGCAGCUGCUGAAUCUGCAGAACUAGCAAGUAUGGCAGCCAGAGCCGCCGCAGAACUUUCAAGCCGUGGGCAUACCUCGUGGCAGUACUCAGCAGAAUCACAAAGAGAUACAGAGCCUCAAACAUUUUACCCUGCAACAAGUGAACAUCAUGCAAAAGGUCCUGUAAAUAAUGCCCUUGAUAGAAGAAAUUCUGGGGCCAAUUAUGAUCAAAUUUCCAGCAGUCUGCAAGAUGUUAUGACAGGAAUUGCUGGCAAAUCUCACAAAUACAGUUUCAAGAGCACCAAUAAAUCUAGCCAGUCUGCUUCAUUGAGGUCUGUUGCAGCCUCUGUUGAUGAUAACCCAUUGGUGAAUGAUCUUCAAAUGCCUCAUGGAUAUUCUCUAAAGAACUCAUCUGAAAUUGAGCAGAGUGACCUUUUUGGUCAAAUUAGCUUAGAGAAAGAGUCUUGCCAUUCUGAGGUAGAAUUAAUGAAUAAAUUACAAGACAGCAUGAAUUUUGAGAGUGUUGACAAGUUUGAAGAAGUAAAGGUCAGAAAGCAAUCUAGCUGUGCCUACUCUCAUUCUCAUUCAAGCACAAUUACUGGUGAUCAUGAUAUUGUAUCAAGUUUAAGGGGUGAUUUUGAUGAGAACCCUUUUGCUAUUAAUGACAAAGGAUUUGCUCGAAGAAAUUCUGAUAAAAGAAGUUCUUAUGAAAAUGCUUCUGUGGUCUUUGAUGAUUAUGGUUCGGAUGAGAAUGAAUGCAAAAUUGAUGUAAAUGCUGAGCGCAAGGGAGAUGAAUAUGGUUUGAAUUUCUCAUAUCCCAGUAAAAAAACACCUAUUCGUGUGUUUUCAAAUACUAAUGCCUGGAGUGAUAGGGAAAAUAUUGAUGAUUCAUGGGGAAAAUCUACCCCAGGUUCCCAUUUCUUAAUGGAGCACAACACUGGUUCUGUGUUAUCUGAGAGUAUAACUAGUUCAAGAGUUCCUUCACAACCAGAUACCAUGUUGCCUGCAACUUUUGAUGAUUCAGAUGUUCCAAGUACAGAAAGUGAAGAGGAUCUUGAGAUUCCUAAGCUUGUUAGGAGCCAUGAUACAAGUAAAUAUAACGUCUUCACCAGAACUUCUGAGGUGACCUCUGAAGUACCCUCAGGUAGAAACCAAGGAAUCGAACUCAAUGAUGAAUCGGCAAGGAAGUUUGGCUAUGGUAAUGUGUCCACCAGUCAGUCAUCUCCCAGAGUUGAAACAUCCCAAGUGGAUUUUAACAACAGAUAUGAUGAUUCAUACAACUACUCGUUUGAUGAAGGGAAGCUCCAGCAAUCUCAGCGACCUUCAAGAUUUUCAAUAGGCCAAGAACUUGAGGACAAUACUCCCACACUACUGCAAGCUGAAGCCAUUAUCCAUACUUUAACUGCAAAGUCUAGUCUGGAAAGUCAUAACGAGUUGAACCUUGAAAAUCUAACUGGUGGAUUGCGAAAUAAGGGUUAUAGAUAUCCACCAUAUGUAAUGAGCCUGUCAGGCAAUGCUUCAUCACCUAAACAGAGAGCCAAGGCUACUUCCACAAUUAAAGAAUCACUUUCUGCUACUGUCAAGGGUUCAAUUUAUCCCAAAGGCGCCAAACAAGAUCCAUACAAUAGGGAAGUGAAUGAAGAAACAGUUAAAAACCCGAGUACAAGAUCACAUUUUGGUUCUUGUGGUGAUGAUUUAGAUGAAGAGCUCCCACAGCACACUUCAACAAGCGGUAAAGAGAAAUACAGUAAUAAAGAUAGAAUUGAAGAAAACAAAAAAUCGAGCUCAAGGAACCAGGUUAGGUAUGUUGAAUCUGAUGAUGAUAUUCCUAAUCAAGCUUUAAUGAGCAAAGCUCGUAUAAACACUGGAUUGUCUCAAAAGACAAAAACCUCCUUUAACUCAGGGAAGACUACAGUUACUUCAGAGGCAUCGGUAACUCCAGACUAUGGUUCAGACAGGAAAUACCCUUCAUGGAAUUUCUAUAAUAACGAAACCAGACAGAAGACCCUGUCUCUGAACAAGAGCUCAGGUCGCCUAGGAAGUUCUGAGCUGCCUAGGUUGGCAGGACAAGCUGCUUAUAAACCAAUUCCAGAAUUGAAGAGAUCAUCUUCUGGGGAAAGUUUGAGAGCAUCAAUGAAGGAACAACCAUCCACUUCUGUUCCAAAGAAGGUAACAUCAAGUAGCCCUGAAAGUUUGAAGACCUCAAGUUCUAGCAUUGAGAGUCCAUCUAAGGAGAAAGCUAGUCAUGUUCACCCAAAGCUUCCGGAUUAUGAAACAUUAACAGCACACUUUCGGUCUCUGCGACAAAAUCGCCAGUAAAUAUACUUUUGUUAUUAUAAAAUAUAGGUAAUUUUGAUAUGACAUUCAUAUUUUUUUUUUCAUAUUAUACUUAUGCAUUAUAUAAUUUGACUGUUGAUGAUGAUACAAGAGGCGGAGUCUGUAAUGUAUCUUUCAGUCCAAAAUAUUUGUCUGUAUAGCCAAAAUUUAGUUAAUGUUUUUGACAACAUUUGCUGAAAUGAAAUAAACUAGCUUGUUUGGGGACAUUGGAGAUUGAAGCUAUGGAAUAAGAUGCUUUACCUGUUUUUCUGUGUUGUA